AACUUUAACACUAAAUUGUCAAAAAGACAAUUAGUUGAAAGAAAAGUUUCUAUGUAAAUAGAGAGUGAAAUUUAAAAGCGUCUCAAUUGAGCUUUAGAAUGGAUUAACUUUGGCUUAUCUUUCGUGUUCCAGUGGGUCCUCUCUCAUUAAUCCAGAGGAUUUGUAAGUCUCAUUGUCAUUUUUAAUUCGUCCACAGUUCAAAGGUAAUUCAACAGUUAGAGUCGAUUGGUUUUCUUCAAUCAACUUCCUUCAACAAGAGAGUUUCUUUUUCUCAGCUGAUUGUUUUUCGGCUGCUUUUUGGUUCCCGUUCUUGUCCAUCUUUUUCUGUUGCUCUUUAUUUUUGUGCUAAUUUAAUGACCACUGAUUUGAUUAAUUGUGCUAAUUAAAUUUCUGUUUAAUUCUAUUCUUCGUAAUAUUAAUCAAAAUGGAUUCCAAUCUGAUGCAAGAGAAAAUCAGUUAUGCCUUCACUUUGGGUUUACAGUUUAACAACAAAGAGAAUGCAACAGAGAGCGAAUCUGGUGACAAUUGUGAUGAAAAUUCUACAAUUCAAAUGAAUCAUGUUCCAGAACCAUCUUUGGUUUACACGCUUAAAAUGAAGCACAAAAUUGAUGGUGUUGAUUGGAGAAGAGAAAAUCGCUGGAAAAAUGUGAAUGUUCAAGCAUCCGAUGGAUUCAGUUUACUUUUUCAUGGAUCAUUGUUACGUCAAGUGACAGAUUAUUUUCUCCCUGUUUCUUUGUCCACUCCUGAUGCUCCGAUGGAAGAUUUUUACUGCCCUUCGUUUAAAAAAGAUGGACUUUUGGCCCUUUAUGACCUUAUUUACAAAGGAUAUGCGACAAUACCUCGCAAUAUGGUAAUUGAUAUUCUUAUCCAAUUAAGUGCAAUAGAUUCUACACUAAUCAAACAAGAAAUGUUCGAGAAUCCCGAUCCAAAGGAUUCUAAACCUAAAAGUGAAAAAUCAACAAUUGUUGAUAGAAAACAAAUCAAAAAACGAUUAACCUUCAAACAGCGAAUGGCCCGAUUGUUUUUAUCUUACAACAAAUUUCGACCCAAGAAGAAGCUCCAAAUGAAACAGAAAUGGAAAGUCACAACUAUUCCCGAAUCAAGUCAACCAAUUAUCGAUUAUCAUGAACCAACACCAUCAUUACCAUUACCAAUCACAUAUCCACAAUCAUCCUCGCCAUCAUCAUCACCAUCACCACCACGUCCUUCACCUUCACCAACACGUUCACCAACAAGACAACUUUCGCCAUUGUCCUCGCCGAUUAAGGUUUUAGCAAUUUGUGAUUCAAAUCAAGUACCAAUAGAAAAACCAAUUGAUAUCCAGACAAUUGAUUUAGCAACACCAGACAGUUCACCUAUGAAAACACCUCAGGUAAAAUCUCCAUCUAAUUGUCCAGAAUCAUCGUCGGAACUUUUGAUGGCCUCAUCAUCACCUUCACCACCAUCAACACCACCGCCAAUAGAACUGAGAAAGACAUUAAUUCCACCCUCAAUGUUGACUGAAUCAUCAAAACCUAAUGUUUAUAAAAGAGCAAGAAUGUCAACAUCAAGAGGAAGCUACUUGCAGACAAUACGAACACUGAAACAAAGAAAACUAUUAAAAUGAUUACGAUAACAAUAUUACUUUUUCUAAAUUA